UAGUUUUUGAGUGCUAUUUUUGUGAUAUAAACUUAGAAAAGUGCUAUUUUGGAGAUUUGUCUUUCACUUUUAGUACAUUUAUUUAUUUAUUUAUUCAUUAGUACGACACAUGUCAGUCGCUAACAGAAUCGAAUUAAAAUUGCGAGGAAGCAAAGAUUGAGGAGGCGCCAAAUACUUUAUUUGAAGCAGCGCGGCAAGAGUCUUGCGCCGAAUAAAUCUUGUUGAAAUUAGAUUAGGAAUAUUUCCAUUAUUGUAUCUUCCUUUUCUCUCGAUAGUAUUAGUAAAUCAUGUAUGCAUGUAUAAAUACAGAUUACGAGGUCCUUGAUUCUCAAUCUCUCUAAUAUCUUCUUCCUUGAAACUUCACGAUGACGACGCCGGUGAGUAAGAACAUCGCCAUCAGGCCUGUGGAGUUCUACGGAAACGCGCUUCCCCGUCCUCGUUUCUUCGCUAAUCCUCAGUUUAACUCUCACCGUGCCGAUCCGCUUCUCUCGUGGGCUAGAGACGCUCACUGGUCCACGGGUGGUCUCAACUUCACGCGCCUCCGUCUCCAGGGACGGAUCGAAGGAAACGUGGAGAAGCUCCGAGCGCAGCUCGAGGAUUCCAGCCCUGGAGACUCCGAGAAGAAGAAGAGAUCUGGUUGUGAUUCUCCUCCUCCCGCGGCUCCGGUUGCGGUGAAACGAAGGAGGUACGUAGAUCUUAACGAUGAGGAUGAGAUUGGAUCGGGAGUGGCUAGGAUCAUCAGAAACCUCUCUGGUGAUUUUGAUAGAGUCGCUGGAGAGAGUGAGAUCAAUAAGAAAUCGAUUGGAUCCGAAUCAGUGGUGAAGAGGUUGAAGGAGAAGAAGAAGAAGAAAACAAGCUCGAUUAGGACGUCUCCAAGAUUGACAAGAAUAAUCCCUCUAGGUUUUAGAUUUUAAUUCAUGAGGAUGUAACUUCUUAUUUAGUUUCUGAAUUUCCUAUAAAUAUAUUAAUUUCUCUGUUUUUUCUGAUAAAAUUAUGAUUAUUACCCUCGAUAUCUGAUUCUUGAAUUGGGAGUAAAGGACGAGCAGUGUGUUGCUUGACACGGAUAUGAAUGUUAGGGUAGUUGCCUGAGCCAAGAUGAGACAAGGUGGUGCUGGUGCAUAUAUGCGUGAUGAUGGUGACGAGAGGCAAAGGGGACGACGGCAUGGAAGUGAGCUUGUUGGAUAGAAUGAAGACUUCUCUUGUUGGUAACUAGUGACGGAAGACAAUAAUAACGACAUCCCAUGUUCCUAGAUGUAUGUAUGGAAGCUGAAAAGCUAGUCUGCGAAGUUAUGUAGUUGUAUUUUUGUUCUAUAUAACAGAUUUAGUAUGGCUACCAAAAAAAUUCAAUGUUUGAAUUGAGAAUUCCUUCCUACGUCAAGAUUUUUUGAUCUUUUGAUUUGAAUUGUCGGAAGAAUCAAAAUCGUGAAUUUUUCUAAGACAGUAUAUACUGUAGUUAUAUUCUUUGUUUCUCUCUUCAUAUUUGGAUUCCUAUCUAAUGAUCCAGGACGUAAUCCGGGACAUGAAGAAUAAAAAAAGAAAGGUUUUUUAUUACUUUAUUUAAUAUUUAAAUAGUGGAAAUGUGCGAAUUUUAUUAGGAUUUUAUCUAUUUCACAUCAUCAAAAAGGGGAAGGGAAAGAGAGGGAUUCGAACCCUCGGUACGAUUAACUCGUACAAUGGAUUAGCAAUCCAACGCUUUAGUCCACUCAGCCAUCUCUCCUAAUCGAAAAGGAAUACUUUUUAGGUUCCGUUAGA